AUGUCAAAUACAUGGAAUAGAAAUAUUUACCGCCAAGAACAAGAAGCAUUUGUUUCUGGUCAUGGUGGAACAACUUCCAUAGAGGUUAUAUAUGCAAUCUUGCCAAGUUGUUGUAGUAUUCUUUUAACUACAACUACAAUGGGCUUUUUAGAACAGACUGCCCAUAAAAAUAUUAGAACUAUAGUAGAAUUUGCAUUAAUUGUAAUACCAUCUAUUUUGUGUUGUACUAUAUUAUCUGACUAUGUUGUUACAGUAUGUUGUAUCAUGAUGCUAAUAUCUAUAAUUAAUAUCUUAUUAUUAGGAAUUAAUUCUGAUAUAACAUCAAUGUACAAUAUAAGACCUGUUUAUGGCAAAAGGCCUUUUAUUACACAUUUCAGAGCAUUAACUAAUAUAAUAACAGCGAUAUGUAUAUUAGCUAUAGAUUUCCACAUAUUUCCUCGCAAAUUUGCAAAAACUGAAUUAUUUGGAUACAGUUUAAUGGAUACUGGUGUUGGGUUAUUUGUAUUAGCUAAUGCUUUAGUGGCUCCAGAAGCCAAAGACUUUGUUCUUAAACCUAGGAUAGGUUUCUUUCAUACUAUAACGAAAAAUAUAAGACAGUCUGCAAGAAGUUGCAUUCCACUUUUAAUAUUAGGUUUUGGCAGAUCUGUUGCUAUUGAAGUUUUAGGUUAUCAAAAGCAUGUUACUGAAUAUGGCAUUCAUUGGAAUUUUUUUAUAACUCUUGCUUUUGUUAAAUUAUUUACUAGUUCUAUAACAAGAAUUUGGAUUUUAGGAAUGCACGAGUAUAUUUUAAGUACCAAAGGAUUAAAGGAGUGGGUUUUAAGCAAUAGACCAAGGAACGACUUUAUAUCUGCUAAUCGUGAAGGUGUAGUAUCUGUACCUGGAUAUGUUGGGCUUUAUUUAAUAGGUGUGGCAGUUGGUAGAUUGAUUCAUUCUACAUAUCAGAAUUCACAUGCUCAAAAUUUGUUACAACAUAAACAUGAAACAUUCCAUUUUAAGUUAUUUGGGUAUGAGCUUGAUAUAAAUUAUAACGAGUCUAUGAUUUUAUGCAUUAAAUUGUCCUUAAUAUCAGCUCAGACGUGUGCAGCCACUUUAAUCUGUGAUGCAUAUUUUAAAGUAUCUAGACGGUUAGCAAAUGCUGGGUAUUGCAUGUGGAUUUUAACUUUAGGUAUCAUGAACAUAAUCAAAAAAAGACAAAAUCAUACAAAACGUAUACAAAAAGUAAACGAGAUAGGAUGCCUGACAAAUGCCAGAAAAGUGCAAAUAAAAAUAGCAUUGAAAUAUUGGAAGCUGUAAAUUACAAUGGUCUACUUUUCUUUUUAGUGUCAAACUUAAUGACUGGAGGUAUUAAUAUAUUAAUACGUACAUUAUAUGUAAGUCAUUUAAAAGCUUUGCUAAUAUUAAUUGCAUAUAUGGCUGUAAAUAUAUUAUCAGUUUUAUUAUUGUACAGGAAACAGGUACAAAUUAAAUUAUAAAUAUAAAUAUAAAUGUAUAAUUCGUUGUACUAAUUGCGAUUUCUUACAUUGUACAAUUAUAUAAUGAAUCAGUGUAAACAAUUAGUAACAAAAUAUUUACACUGCCAUAGAUAUCUAUUUGCGUAGAUAUAUCAAAUUGUACUUCAUGUUUACUUCUUCUUUUUAUUAAAAUAAGUAUAUACAUACAUUUAUAAUUUAUACAAAAACAAGUAAAAAGACUUAAUUGGUAACAAAUUGUUUUGUUUAUUCGUUAUUAAUAUCAAUAAUUAUGAACCUAUUAUUCAGAUGUUUCAUUGACAAAUUAUCUAAAAUAUUUAUCAUAAUUCAUCUUUGGAUUGAACGUCAGAUUUCAAUUCAGUUACUUCCUUUGACUUGGGAGUUGCUCUCCUAUUUAUAUCAUUUGUUGUCCUAUUGUGAUUCUUUGUCCCAAUUAUCUUACGUUGCGUUCGUGUACUGACAAAUUUUUUAAACGAAUCAUGGUUUUUUACGUAAUCCGUAGCUCGUGAAACUAUACGUAAAAACUCUUUAACGUCAAAACUAUAAUUGGUGAAUUUUGCGUGUGCUCCUCCAUCAGGAUGUGUACCCUGUACAGAAUUUCAGUUAGUUUUGUAAUAAAUUUUAAAUGAAAUUCUUUUUUAUUCGAGAUACAAUCGCUUACGGGAUCUUGUUGCACUAGCAUUGAGGUAUUUUCCCACGUAAAGUACUUUACCCCGCGUAAACGAGCAAGAUCUUUAUAACAUCCUGGAUCUUCACAAUUAUAUCUGCAUAAUAAUUAUAUGUAUAAGAUAUAUUUCUGUGGAAAGACAUGUCCAUCUACACUUACAUCUCAAAUACUGCUGCCCAAUCUGGCAAAAACAUAA